CUUUUUUCCCUUUUUUAACAAACUUUCAUUUUAUUAUACGUCGAAAACAUGAAGUUGGCGUCUUUGUUCAAAGACAAGGGCGACCUGUGGAAGAAAAUAUUUAAAUGUGCCGUUGCGUAUGAGAUUGCCACCAUUCUCAUUCUCAUUCCUUCAGUUCUUAAGGUAGCCGGCUCACCACCAUACCUUGUACCACUCGGCACUAUUUUUUUCAACGCAAGUGGUACGGCAGGUAACCAAAUUAUUGGUAUGUUACUGAACACCUUGAUGAUGUUGUUACCUGCUAUCUGGUGCGGCAUCGUAUCCUUUUUAUGCGCAGUCUACAACAGAUCAAGAGAAACAAACCCUGCUCUCUAUAGCAACGGUGCUGGUGCCAUUGCUUCUAUCGGAUUUUCGAUCUGUGUGCUAACAGUUGCUUAUGUCCGUUUAAAAUACCCUCGACUUUAUAUACCUGCUUUACAGGGCUUCACUAUACCGUUUUUCGCAUUGACCAAAGGGAUCUAUGGAACUCACUUUGAUAUAAUGAUAAUUCUAGGUAGUUUCUAUCCUGUACUUUGGGGUGGUUUAAUUGCGUUAAUGUGUAAUUUACUGUUUUGGCCAGAAACGGCAGCGAAAACAGCAGAACAAGCCUUUGGUAGUUCAAUUGAAUCUAUGAAAGACGUGCUGUCAUUUGUACAUGAAGAGCUUUUAAAGAAUGAUAAUUCAGGCGUCAUUACAAACGAUGUAACAGCCAGUACCAAACUUCAGACACUCACCAACAAACUACAAAAGGAUAUUGGCAACAUGAAAUCAGCACGCAAAGAAGCGAAAUACGAACUCAUUGUGUCUUAUUAUACACCAAAGAGUUAUAAGCCAUUACUGCAUUCAAUCUCAUCGCUGGCUGAAAAUCUGUUUGGGUUUUCAUUGGCUAUCAAAAGAGAAGUUAAGGCACAUUUAGAUAAAUUAAAGAACCAGCAGAUGGAUACUGUGAUUACAGCCAGUGGGAGACAGACCAUGUCUCCUUUACUAACAGAGGUUCAGUCAAGUAUAUUAUCGGGUGACACCUUGUUAGGCGGAAGGGAAUACAAGAAUAUCGAUCGUCUACAAUCCUCCAUCCAACCUUCUUUAAAACGAUUUAUAUCGACAUGUAUACUUACAUUGGACCAGAUCGAAAAAGAUUUGAUUGCACAUAAAGCCAUUUCAAUCAAACACGAUAAAGGAAGCAAGACACACAGUAUAUCCAAAAUCAAUCUUGUUUCUGCUCUGGAAGAAUUUAAGGAGACUGAAACCACAUUUCAAGAUGAAUAUGAUAGAGCCGGACAUUUGCCGUCAGAAGAGCAUUUUUUAAUAUUUACCGUAAUCUUUACCAUGGUUCAAUUCGGUCAAGAGUUAAUUCGUUUACAGACUCAUGCCGAAGAAUUGAUCAAAUGCAGUACGGAAGGAGAGAGUUGGAUAAAACGUAUUCAUCUACCUCGGGUAGAGUUUAAAAAUUGGUUGAGUAAGACUUCCUAUCAAAAUGAAGGACAAGCACUCUCUGAAAAUGUGUUUUUGGAUUCCCGAAAGCUGGAGAUAAUGAAAACGAGAACCAUGCAAACCAGUGCUGCUCCGGUGGAAGAGAAAGCGGAGGAAGACGACGAUGAGAGUUUUAACCGAGAAAGGAGAAGAGUGUCAGAAUUAGUGACAAGGAUCGAGUCAAGAACAAAUGAAAGUAUUGUUGACCAAAAUAUCAUGCAAGAGGAACAUGAAAAAUUAGACAAAGAAGAGUAUGAAGAGCAGGAAUCCGUACCAUUACAUCAAACCCCCGGUAAGCAUAUCUGGAACCGAAAAUUGUAUUCACUCAACAAAUGGUUUCAAUACGCCCCUACACGCUAUGCCAUCAAAUUCACAAUCACAAUGCAACUAUUGGCCCUCAUGGCAUUUCUUCCCUUUCAUGGUAUCAGUGAUAUUUACAGUAAUAAUCAUGGUCAAUGGGCUCUUUUGUCUGCUAUGGUGGUGAUCAACUAUACAGUCGGAUCCACAACGAUACAGUGUUUUUACAGAAUCAUCUCAACCAUUAUAGGCGCUGUUUGUGGUUACUUGUGUUUAUUAGCAGCCAAUCGUCGAGAGAAUCCAUACGUGAUUGGUGUCUUGGUCUUAGUCUUUCAGGUGCCUAUGUGGUAUUUACUUUUAGGUUCAAAGUUUCCCAGAAUAGGAUUUAUUUCUCUUUUAACGAUGAGUGUGAUCGUGUCCACCGGAUACAUAUCGCCAGCAGACGAGUCCAUCUUUUAUCCUGUAUGGAUACGUACUGUGACAGCCAUCUUGGCAACUAUUGUGGUCAUGUUGGUAGAUCAGUUGAUCUGGCCUGUAUGGGCAAGAAAACGACUUCGCACCGAUUUAGCUGAUUUGUUGAUCACAACAGGUAUUCAGUAUGCUCGUGUGGUUUCUUUAAUGUGCCAAGAAAGCACCAAAACGUAUCGCUACCAGAUGACAUUCGAAGAGAGUAAAAUUCACCAAAAGAAAUUGAAUCGUCAGCUAAAUGUUGUUCAAGAAAUGUGGGUAUUGGCCAAGGAUGAACCUAGAUUAACCAAGGGCCCAUUUCCUAUCAAGGAGUACCAAGAUAUUCUAGAACACGAAAGAAAUAUAUUGCACUGGAUUCAACAUAUACUGGCAACUCAGGCAAUGAUUUCCGAAAGAAUUCGAAAGACUAUCAUGACGCCCAUGAAUGCGUAUCGAAAAGAAAUGUCGGGCGCAGUGCAUUUGUAUUUGUUUACAUUGGCUUGCUCACUGCGUACCAAAUCAUCAUUACCUGCCACUUUACCGUCAGCUGAGUUAGCAAGACGUAUGCUGCAAACUAAACAAACAGCGCUAUGGAAACAAAAUCAUGAUGAAUUAUUAAAGCAGUCAGCUAGGGCAAUUGCUGAUCAACAGCACGCUGAACAUCAGUUGUUUUGGCAUACUUAUGCAGCUGGAUGUACGGAAGUGGUUGUUGAACAAGAAUCGAUGGGUGAAUUGGUUGCUCGACUGAUGGGACAAUGUAAAGGUGGUAUCAGAGAUUGGCAAUAAGCUUUUUUUUUAUUAUUAUUAUUUAGAGGAAAAUAAAUCCUUUAUAUGUACACAGUGUUUCCUCUUU